CUGGCCUGGCCCGGCCCGGCCUCGGAGGGUUUCCGUCCGGCGCGGGCUCUGUCCCCGGGUUCCUCCCGAGCCCGGCGCUGCAGAGGCAGAGCGAGGAGGGGGGUCGGGCCCGGGGCCCUGCUGUGCGCUGGGCAGAGCUGUCAGUUCCGCCCCAGCGCUGCGGGGCCUCAGCGGGGGCGCGGGAAGGGGCGGUGUGUUGGCGGAGGUACUGUAGUCGCUUUAUAUUAAGGACAUGUUGACCAACUUUGAUGAAAAACAUGAUGAAUACUUAAUAUCCCUUCAGCAGAGAAACCGGCUACUGGGACGUCUAAAAAGAAAGGAUCCUGUACAGAUCAAACUGGAGCAGUUAGAACAAGGAUUUUCUCUGUAUCUGAAUGGAGCUAAUUCAGAGCUGAGAAAUUACCGCAAAAAAAUCAACUCAUGUGGCUACCUUAAAAACAAGACAAAGACCACCAGGACGAAUGCAGCCCAGCUAGAAGAGAGUGAGUUGCAAGAACGCAGCACACAGACUGCACCAAGCAAAAUACAACGCAGAGGUUGGCUUCAGAAAACUGUGGAGAUUAAAACAGAAAGCGGAGCUAAACUCUGCAUUAAACCUCCUCUUGAGUACUCGGAGGAUUUUGAACCUUACGAAAGCUUGAGCGUGGAAACAGGUGGUGAUGAUCCUCUCUGUUGCUCCCAGAAGUUGAGAAGCUUGCAACUCGAUAUAGAAGAGAAAAGGAUGGAAGAAGACUCUCUUAGUGAUGAUUAUGACUCUGUUGAGGAGGAUGUGUUUUCAGAACCAUCUCCCACUGAGGAAACAAUUACAAGCUUUGAAGGCCUUCAGUUGCAUAGCAGUAGGUCACUGCAGAAAGAAGCUUCUGAACAUCAGGAUGCUGGGAGAUGCUCUGGCCUUGAUUCUGGUGGCCUUACUGUGUUGGAGUUCAACCAGGACCAAAGUAAAGUGAAGCCACUGCGAGUUCUCUCGGCAAAAAGAAAAGAUAAUGCUGAAAUGUACAUUCCUGUCAGACCGAUAUUGGUAAAAAAUAAAAUCACUCGCCCACUAUCUGCUGAGUUCUUGCACCAGGAAAGACAUGAAAGAAUUUGUUCUAGACCAUUAAGUCGGCCAGAAAGACCACUUUCAGCAACUCGAAAGAAUGUGUGCGAGAAGGAUCCUGAUCUCUCAGUUUCAGCUGUGGUUAAAGCAGUGCAGAUUGAAAAUGAAGUCUUGCAGAGAGAUCUGCAAAGGCAGACAGUUUCCACAAGCCCUCAAAAGAAGAAAUUUUCUGUUUCGUCUGUUCUUUCUGCAAUGGCUGAACCUCCAGAAAAAAGGAAGACAAGGACUGCAGUGACAAAAGAUGUUGAGAGAAUUUGUCCUUUUGGAAGCAGACAAGAGAAGAAACUUCUGAAAGUCCUUCCCGAGCCUGAGAGCCAUUCUGCCUGUGAUAAUGACAUAUUCCUGCCUGACGACAAAUGGGAAGUAGAUUCCAUGUUGAGAGAGAAGAUGACAACCAGUACGGAAGUACGUGAUGCCAUUUAUGUAACUAUGGAACUUCUUUCUAACUGGGGAAAUCCAGUAAACGUGGGCCUGAGCGAGGUGGAGUUCUUUGAUUUAUACAACGAAAAGAUAUUUGUGUCUCCUCAUGAUGUGGACAUUCGAAAUGCUGACAACCCAGGGGAUUUGUGCUGCUUGGUCAAUAAGAAUUUAAAUAUCACGAAGGAAAGCUUCCUUUGGACGUGCCCUUUCCAUCCGCCCGUCCAACUUUACUUCGUUAUCCGCAAUCCCACCCGGGCACGUGACUUUGGUCUAUCCAAGAUCAAGAUUUGGAAUUACAACACAACAAUUCCCAGUGACCUUGAUGUUGGAGCAAAGAACGUGAAGUUAUAUGUUGAUGAGAACCUUGUAUUUGAUGGUGAACUAGAGAGAGCCUCUGGAGAUCUCACUGACCAGAGCACUACAAUUGACCUUACAGAUCACAAGCAAGAUACCGCUACACGUUCUUCAAAUGAAAGUAAAGAAGUAAAUGCCCCUGCAGUCACGGAAAAGAAAGCAGACCAACAUUUUAAGUGCUUGCAGUCAAACAGUACUUCACUAAACUGGAGAUCUCUGCCGGAAGAAAAUCUUCUUGAACACAAGAUGAACUCAGUCAGCUUUACAAAGAAAAAACUGUCAGAGUUGGAGGAUGAUCUAAAAGUGUUGCCGUCUCAAGUUUGUAUAAAAGAUGCCAAAGAGAAUGCAACAGUACCAGCAGCUACAGAGCAUGUUCAAUCUGGUGGUGAACUCACGUUGAGCGAGCAAAUGGAAAAACUAACAGGAAGAAAGUUGUCUAAUUCUACAGGUGCAAUUCCUUCUUGGUUACAGUCAUCUUCCCAAAUAACAGAGAAUAAUCAAAAUACUUCCAGUAAGCAGAAGCCUCCCUGGCUUGCUACAGAACAUUGUUCAGACUUGAGAUUUCAAACGCAGUCAGAUGGCAUCAUGAAAAACUUUUCAGAUGUGACUAAUGAGGAUGUCAAAUGUCGAAGAAAUGAGCAGGGAAGAUCGAGUAGUAGAAAUGCAAAUGGAGAUGAGAGAUCACAGCUGCUAACCACAAAGGAUGGUGAUGCGGGCUUGGACAUUUGGGAACAAUUUUCUAACAAAAUUUGCUGCAGCUUACAGCACCCUGCAAAUGGAAGGAGAAGUGUCAGAUGUGUAAAAAAGGCAGGAUUAAACACUAUAAAUCUUGGGGGUGAUGAUUCUGCUCUCAAAGAUGAAGACUUUUCUAUCAAGGACGUAGCAGCCUCUAGAGCAAAGUGGCACAAUGAACAAGAACACACUCUGCAGGAGUCCUGGAAUUCCCUGGUAAAGUUUAAUUAUUCCCAUCGUGGCCGAAUCUCUAACAUGGAUUUUCAAGGGGAUAUCUUUGAUGAGUUUCUCCAUCAACAGAAAAUCAACCGGCCUGGAGAAUAUCAGCAAAUGAGAAAAGAGGGACUACAAACACUGCCAAAAAGGCCAGAAGAAGAAAUCUCUGUGGAGGCACAUGACGGAAAUGAUUUUAAAAUUCCUGUUUUACCUUAUGGACAGCACUUGGUGAUAAACAUUCAAACAACAUGGGGAGACAGACAUUAUGUUGGUCUUAACGGAAUUGAAGUUUUCAGUUCUAAAGGAGAGCCUGUUCAGAUUUCAAAAAUAACAGCUGAACCACCUGAUAUAAAUAUUUUACCAGCUUAUGGCAACGAUCCCAGAAUAAUAACCAACCUAAUUGAUGGGGUAAAUCGGACACAGGAUGAUAUGCAUCUCUGGCUAGCACCAUUUACCCCCGGAAAACCUCACUUUAUCUUUAUUGACUUUGCAAAUUCCUGUCAGGUAGCAAUGAUUAGGAUUUGGAAUUAUAAUAAAUCUCGCAUACACUCUUUCAGAGGUGUGAAAGACAUUAUAAUGGUGUUAGAUGAACAGUGCAUCUUUAAGGGAGAAAUUGCGAAAGCUUCGGGAACGUUGUCUGGAGCUCCAGAGCACUUUGGGGAUACUAUAUUGUUCACUACCGAUGAUGAUAUUCUUGAAGCUAUAUACUGCUAUGAUGAGACAUAUGAUGGAGAAAUGGAAAAUGCCAGCUCCUUGAGAUACGAGGAAGAGCUAAAGAGGCCAACAACUGCUGAUCGGGAGGGAGAUGAAAGACCUUUUACACAAGCGGGGUUAAGAACAGAGGAUCAACAGGUUCAAGGGGCAGACCCUGUCUCUGAAUGUAUACCCAAGGAAUCAGGAAUAUUUACUGGAAAAUGCCUGCAACUGAAUUUUACCAUGACCUGGGGAGACUCUCAUUACCUUGGACUGACGGGACUUGAAGUGAUAGGAAAGGACGGUCACGCAUUAAAAAUAAGUACAGAACAAAUUUCUGCUUCACCUCAAGACCUAAAUGAUCUUCCAGAGUGUACUGGAGAUUCCAGAACAUUAGAAAAGUUAAUAGAUGGAACUAAUAUCACAGUAGAGGACGAACAUAUGUGGCUCAUUCCCUUCUCUUUUGGAGAAGAUCAUCUGCUCACAAUCCAUUUUGAUAAAAUUGAAAGUAUUGCAGGGCUUCGCUUUUGGAACUAUAAUAAAUCUCCGGAGGAUACCUAUAGAGGGGCUAAGGUAGUCCAUGUGUUGCUGGAUGGUCACAGCAUCUCCCCACCAGAAGGCUUCCUAAUCCGCAAGGGACCAGGCAACUGUCAUUUUGAUUUUGCCCAAGAAAUUCUCUUUCCUGACUAUCUGCAGCCUCAGCUGAUUAAUAAAGUACAAAGGAGGGCUGGUUCAAAGAGAAUGGAGCAAGCUAGUAUGGACUAUGAAGCACCGUUAAUGCCACGUGGUUUUGUUUUCCAGUUUCAGCUUCUGACGAGUUGGGGUGAUCCGUACUAUAUCGGUUUGAACGGACUCGAGUUGUUCAAUGAACAUGGAGACCAAAUCUUCCUAACUGAAAACAAUAUUGCUGCUUUUCCAGAUAGUGUCAACGUUUUAGAAGACGUAUCUGGAGACAUCCGAACUCCAGACAAACUAAUUGACAGAGUAAAUGACACAACUGAUGGCAGACAUAUGUGGCUUGCACCAGUUCUUCCUGGUUUGGUGAAUAGGGUGUAUGUCAUUUUUGAUGUACCUACUACAGUGUCAAUGAUCAAGUUAUGGAAUUAUGCCAAAACACCUCAGAGAGGUGUGAAAGAAUUCGGUCUGCUAGUGGAUGACUUGCUGGUCUACAAUGGGAUUCUGGAUAUGGUGAACCACGUAGUAUCAGGCAUCCUACCAACCUGUGAUCCAGUGGUCCCCUAUCAUACCAUUCUCUUUACAGACGAUGAGAAGAUUUGCCAUCAGGAGAAGAGAACUGUUAUUAGCAAUCAUGUGGGAGAUCAGGAUGUACGAAUGAUGAAUGAAAAUGAGAUUGUCACAAACAGCAAAAAGAACCAGGCUGCGGCUGAUCCAGCUUUGCGUCCAAAAACCUGCAUGUGUGAGAAAGGACUGCAGAGGAGGAAAAGGUAACGAGGACGGUGACUGGAGAGUCCUGAAUGCAGUCUAGAUCUCCAAGAUACCUAUCAUCACAGUGACGAUUCUCCGUGGCUGCUGCUGCCGAACCACCUCCUGUCUUAUGAGAGGAAGUUUUAUUCCCUACAGGAAAUUAUCUCUUUUUUUUUUUCCAUUUUUCUUUGUUCUUUUUUUUUUUUUUUUCCUCUCCCUUGCUUAAUUAAAAAUCCAGGGAGGAAGGAACAUAAAGGAGUGAGAGAGAACCUUUUUGCUAACUGACAACUGUUCUUGCCAAGCACCAAGAACUCGGGUGAAGCAGGAUGGUUGGAACGAGAGGUCUUUUGGAGUAUUUCUCAAGCUUUAGUUCCUAAAUCCUAGCUGGAUGAUCACAAAGCUCCUCACCACAAGGAAUUGUUUGCUUUGUUUCUGAUGCCUGUAAAUAGUUGGUUGGGAAAUGCACUUAGAGGAAAUAUUCUGUACCUGUUUCUGGGCUGCCACGGUAUGUUUCGAUGCCAUGUCUGUCCCUGGGGGCUGACAUUUCUGACAUCUGUAGCGGUUCCUCUGGCCAUGCAGAAGUGUGAUGAGUGCUUUUAGAAAAGGGACACCAGGAAAUGAGUUUAUCAAAGUUUAAUAAGGAGGUUUCGGCUGUCACUUCUUUCAUCUUUUGCAGUGAAAUAAUGAUUUCUUUCAUUAUUUCACUGCCACAAAAAAGAUAAAAUGGGUUUUUUUCCUGAAGUGCCACUGACAGGCGCUCUACACGUUCUUUGGAGUCCUUCUGCUACAGAGCAAUCCUCUUUUCUCCUAUUUUCCCUGAAUUUGGUUAUAUGAACAAGGAGGCCAUACCUCUGUGCCGCACCAGCCUGAUCUGUUGCCAGCAACAAAUCAUCAUCAUCACUUUUGAGAAAUGGUAAAUGCAUUUUAACUAGCAGAAGGCAAGGACUGAACUGCAUUUUUAAACACAAAAUACCCUGCAUACGAGUCCUUUAAACAAGAACUAAUCAAAUAAUUUUGCUGCGGGAUUCAUAGCUAUGCAAAUGUACUUUUCACUGAAAAUCUGUCAGUUGUGACAACCUGUAAAUCUCUUCCGUAGAAGAUUCUUCCUUUCUCGUUUAGACCUUGCUCAUUGUUUCCAGAGAGAACUGAACACUCAGUUUAUGCUUUUAGACAUGAAACAGAGGUACAGUAUUGCAGGUCCUGAUACAGAAUCAAAAUGUGCUGUUUCCUUUUCGGCACCAAGUCAGGAGUGCAAUAGCUUGUAUUUUGCUUAUAAAAAGCAUACUGCUUAACUGUUGUUGGCUAGGCUGAAAAGGCACAAGAUAACGAUGCAUUUCCCAGAUUUCUGUGCGUUAACAGAGCAACAAAAUGCAUUUUCUACUAAAUACAAACCACUUUUAAAUGUAAAA